AUGGACGAUGCGCUUGCCACUGCGGCGGAGAAAUAUGGGGUGAUCUCCGUGGUGAACCGAGACGACAUGGUCCCGAGGGCAUCAGUGCAUAACGCGAGGAGGCUCAUCGAGCGACUUGCCGACCCUACUAGUGUGAUGCGAACGAGGCAGUACUUGUCCGAGGACGCUGCGGCGUUGAGGGACAUCAAACGCAUUGCACAGCUCAAGAGACGACGUGACCACGCUCACACAGGGGACGUGGACACCACGAUGGUGAGCAACAGCUCGGGGCGUGUUUGGUGGCCGAUAAAGAGUCAGGGCGUCGGUGGAGGCCCUGGAGGGGUAUCGACGGGAUCCCAGCAGUCUGAAGUGGAAUAUCCCGACCUGAGUCCGCAGUCGAGCACUACUCGGGCAUGGUCGGAGGCAGUGACCUCGUUCUUUUCCGGCGUCACAGCAGCAGUGGGUCGCCCGUGGAGAUGGGCCGCUGCCCGGGCUGAAGCACAAGUCUUAGAUGACGCCGUUGAGGGCCUGUCAAGCAUACACGAUGUCCCUCCCGACAUCAGCCAAGUCGAGCCCUUCCACCAUACCAGUGAGCUCCGAGUCCCCGGCAAGGUUAUCCAUAUAUACCGACGUGAUGGCUGUAAUCAAUGCUCGUAUGUCCCGAGAGACUGGUCGGGGCUACAAGGCGUUCAACUACAGCCAGGGAUGCUCCAUGACCAUUUCGGCCGUUCAUACUAUAUGGCUGUGAAGCAACUCGCUUCACUGGCAAGCACUGAUCCCAAACACCGCAGUCGAACACCUUCAUGGAAGCCCCAGUCGGCCAGUGCAUCGUGCUCAUGUUGCGGUUCGGACUUCUUGUGGAACUCCGUUUUGAAAUCCGAGGCACAUCGAUUGCUCUCACGACACAAUUGCUACAGCUGCGGCAACGCUGUAUGUGACGGCUGCAGUAAGAAUAGGAUCAGUAUGCUCAUGUCUCCCGAAACUGCCCGUUGCUGUGACCGGUGUUGGUUACAUCCAUCGACUCCCACUACUUGAGGGUCUGUCACGCACAGUUAACUCCCUCAUGCAAUUCUUCGUGUUUUCGAUUCACCAUUGCUCUACACCGUCCGUUGCGUUUCUCCUCCGAGUGGUCUGUCCAUAUUGUGGGUUUGCCGCCAUUGCAACUUGCCGGAAACGAAUGAAAUGCUUGACCGUGAUUCAAUAAAAGCGGCGCCAUGUUGCGCAUAGCGUAGGAAGAGUCCA